GUCGUCUUUUCUUCCAAAUUGCGACGAGUAAGUCUUCUAGACUAUUCAAGAUGGCACCCAAGCAAUCUACCUUGGGGAAGUUCUUCGGUCAACCAAAUGGUCCAAAACCCGCUCCUCAGCAGACGAAGCUAUCGUUCAGUACAAAGUCGGCCAAGAAGACGAAUGAUGAACCGGAAUCUUCCCCCAGUGCACAAGAACCAUCUUCACCAAAACCAAAGUCUAAAGCCGAUGUGAAAGAAGAAGAAGAUCCUCCGAAAGACAUGAAGAAGCGAUCUCGUUCGCCCCCUUCCCCUAAAGAUAAGAAAAAAGCAACAGCAAAGGUCAAGGUUGAAGAACCCGAGGAUGAACUCGAGGACGAAGCACCUGUCGUAAAAAGGCAGCGAAAGAGCCGUCCCCGAAUCGAGGAUGAAGAUGAGGAAGAUGAGGUCAUGGAAGACGCAGAGCCGAUAAAACCUAAAAAACAGACCACUCCUAAGAAGAAAACACCCAAGAAGCCUUCUAAAAAGACAUCACCAAGCACUGCGAAGAAGGCAACUCCCUCCCCUAAGAAGGAUGAUGAUGAUAUCAAGGAAGAAGCGUCAGAGUCUGCAUCCGAGGUAGAGAAGGAUGAGGAAGAGGACGAGGAUGAAAAGCCAGAGGUUGCAGCGAAAGCCCGAGAAAAAAUACAGACCAAGCUUCAAAGCAAGACAAAAGACCCAUAUCCCGACUGGAAACCCAACACACCAGUGCCCUACGCUGCAUUAUGUACAACGUUCUCCCUCAUAGAACUUACGACGAAACGACUCAUAAUCACCGAGUAUUGUGCUUCAUUUCUCCGACAAGUAUUACGUUUGACCCCCGACGACUUCCUACCGACAGUGUUGUUGAUGAUCAACAAAUUGGCCCCUGAUUAUGCCGGUAUCGAGUUGGGCAUUGGCGAAUCACUCAUCAUGAAGGCCAUAGGUGAGACUACGGGGCGCAGUCUACAAGUAAUAAAGGCAGAUCAAAAAGAAAUUGGCGAUCUAGGUCUUGUUGCAGUCAAGAGCAGAUCAACUCAACCUACUAUGUUCAAACCCAAACCAUUGACAAUCAGAGGUGUCCACAAAGGUUUGAUGGACAUCGCGACUGUGUCUGGGAACGGUGCUCAGGGUAGGAAAGUGGACGGAAUUAAAAAGCUACUUUCGGCUGCUGACGCCCACUCAACCGGUAAAGUUGAUAUUCAUAAGGACAAGGGUGGACCGAGCGAGGCCAAGUACCUGAUCCGAUUUCUCGAGGGAAAGCUUAGACUGGGCUUAGCAGAAAAGACUGUCCUUGUCUCCAUAGCACAAGCUAUAAUAUGUCACGAAGCGGAUCAAAAAGGAGGAGUACCUAGUACCAAGGAGAUAGAAGAAGCGGAAGCUAUGUUGAAGACAGUUUACAGCGAACUCCCCAGCUGGGAUGUGAUCAUCCCGACGAUGGUCAAGAAUGGCAUCAUGAAGUUGAAAGAGACCUGCAAGCUCCGCCCAGGAGUACCUCUUAAGCCCAUGCUUGCGAAGCCCACAAAGGCGAUCACAGAAGUAUUGGAUCGCUUCGAGAACCAGAACUUCACUUGCGAGUAUAAGUACGAUGGCGAGAGAGCACAAAUUCACUAUGUCGCCAAGGACUCCUCGGACGAGUACAUCGACGCCCUUCCCGGUGCUACGAAGGAAGUUGCCAAGGGGGUUGCAUCCAUUUUCUCGAGAAAUUCGGAGGAUUUAUCCAAGAAAUAUCCUGAUAUUCUUGCAAAGCUUGACACUUGGGUCAAAGAUGGUACCAAGAGUUUCGUGCUAGACUGCGAGACUGUGGCAUGGGAUGUUGAUGAGAAGAAAGUUCUUCCCUUUCAACAAUUGAUGACUAGAAAGAAGAAGGACGUCAAACUGGAAGAGGUGAAAGUCAAAGUCUGUGUGUUUGCUUUUGACUUGCUAUUUUUGAACGGGGAGCCAGUGGUCGAGAAGUCACUCCGAGACCGUCGCGAAUUGCUUCACAAUACCUUCCAACCGGUAGAAGGCGAGUUUUCUUUUGCGACUCAUAUGGAUGGUAGAGAGCUCGAAGAGAUUCAAACAUUCCUAGACGAGAGUGUCAAGGCCUCCUGUGAGGGAUUGAUGGUCAAGAUGCUUGACGGCUCGGAAAGUGGGUACGAGCCUAGCAAACGAAGUCGCAAUUGGCUCAAGAUCAAGAAAGACUACCUGUCAGGAAUUGGCGACUCACUUGACCUUGUAGUGCUUGGCGCCUACCACGGCAAAGGCAAGCGUACCUCUGUUUAUGGUGCUUUCCUUCUCGCAUGCUAUAACGCGGCGUCUGAGUCUUACGAAACAAUCUGCAAUAUCGGUACCGGCUUUUCGGAACAGGUCCUCGAAGAACUUCACAAGCAGCUCUCUGAGAUCGUUAUCGACCGCGCCAAACCAUUUUAUGCGCACUCGUCAGGUGGGCAGCAUCAACCAGACGUCUGGUUCGAACCUCGCUACGUUUGGGAAGUGAAGACCGCGGAUUUGACAUUGAGUCCACGGUAUAAAGCAGGAAUAAAGGAGAACGUCGACCCAUCCGGUGAGAAGGGAAUUAGUUUGCGAUUCCCGAGAUUCAUCAAGCUUAGAGAUGACAAGAAGCCAGACGAGGCAACGAGUAGUCGACAGGUAGCAGAGAUGUACAGGAAGCAGGAAAGCGUUACGAAAAAUAAGGGUCCAUCUGUGGAUGAUGAUUUCGAGUAUUAAGGGAACGAUUUAUGAUCUUACUGAUGUAGCUAUACAGUAUUAAUACUCCGAGGGAAUGAUUAUGAUGCGAGCUGCUAUCCCGACAGCCGCUUGAUUCGAACUGCA